ACAUCUGCAUCAUCCAGAAGGCAAAACUCACUUCAUCUCAAACAAUAACCAUUCGAUUUUUCUCUCUCCCCGUCUGUCACACAGCCCCAAACCAUGGAAAUUACUGAACAUAUUGGAGAGUGCCAAAAUUACUGGGAAACUAACUGGUUUUGGAAUGAAGAGCUUAAUUUUAGACCCAGUUGGGCAACGAAUCGGCAAUUUAAUCUCGGGAGCAAUGAUUCAAGCGCGACGGAUGGAACCACUUCAACAAUAAUCUCUAAAAAUAUUGUUUCAGAGAGGAGCAGGAGGAAGAAGCUCAGUGACAAGCUCUUCGCACUUAGAGAAGCUGUCCCCAAAAUCAGCAAGUUGGACAAGGCUUCUAUAAUCAAAGAUGCUAUUGAUUACAUCCAAGAUUUGCAAGAACAAGAGAAGGGACUCCAAGCUGAGAUAAUGGAACUUGAAUCGAAUAGAUUGAAGGAAGAUCGUGGUUAUGACUUUGAUCAAGAGCUACCAGUCUUGUUAAGAUCCAAGAGAACAAGAUAUGACCAAAUUUAUGAUCACAGGAUGGCCAGAAAUACUUGUCCCAUUCAAGUUCAUGAAUUUAGUGUUACUUCGAUGGGAGGGAAAAAUCUGUUCGUGAGCUUGACAUGUAAUAGAACAACAGACGCUAUGAGUAGAAUUUGUGAGGUUUUUGAAUCAUUGAAGCUGAAAAUUAUCACAGCAAACAUCACAACUCUCUCAGAAUUGGUCAAGAAGACAGUCUUGAUAGAGGUAGAUGAAGAAGAGAAAGAGCAUGUAAAGAUAAAAAUUGAAAGAGCCUUUUCAGUUCUAAGAUCCACGCAUGGUACCAGGAUGAUGUAACUAAUGGGAAAUCGAAGCACAAUUUCUGUCUUGCCUUUUUAAUAACAUUUUCUUGGUCCUCUUCUGAUAUUGCAAAAUAAUUGGUUGGCGGUUGUAAUGUCUGUUUAAGGAGGAGUUUUGGAAUUAUAGUGUCUCCAGAACUCUCUCUCUCUCUCUCUCUCUCUCUAUGAAAUGAGUUCCUUCUUGAUCACAA